AUGGAAAUUCCCGAAAGCUCAGUUGAGUCCUCUAACCUCCUGACAAAGGAUCGAUCAAAGAAGUCGCGCAAAUCCAAGAAAACAAUCCCACCGUCGUCAACUGACUCCUUAAUCCCUCAUGAUGGCGAAUUGUCAAACCGAAAGCGGAAGUCUGAGUCUCAAUCUGGGCAAAAAAAGAAGAAAAAGAACAAGAAGCACGAGCACGAGGAUAAUAAAGCAGAGAGCGAUGCAGAUGAGGACUCGACUGCCCUGAAUGGCAAUGGACUAUCUCUCCAAGAUACAGAAAAGGGUGCCAUUACAAAUAAAAAGAGAGUAUCCAAAUCUCGAAUGGGUGGCAAACACAACCUCAAGGUUGGAUUCUUCACUAAAACUGAAGUUGAAGCCUUGGAGGCGCACAAAGUCAGAUUUUGUAAUAUGCAUAAUUUCACUUCAAUCAAGUUUGAUGAGAUGGUCCAGCACUCUGAACGAUCUGGAGAUGACUGGCCGUGUCUAAGCAGCAUCUGCACAAAAACCGAGUUCUGGAACGAAAUAUACGACAUUAUUCCCGAUCGAGACCGCCGGUCUGUAUAUCGUUUUAUGCGACGACACUUCCAGGACUCUAUGCAGAAACCUCAUGACUGGACACCCGAGCAAGAUCGGGAGCUUAUCGAUUUGGUGGAAAAGCACGGGCCAAAAUACGCGUUUAUUGCUAAGUUCCUUGGUCGCAGCGAUGAUGACGUGACGCAGCGAUGGAAAAAUCGGCUCGAACACCGGAAAACUAUGCGUUAUGGAGGAUGGACUGAGCCUGAGAUUACCGCCCUCCUUGGCGCUUUGGAGGAUGUCUGGAAUGCUCUGCGAUCGACAGCUCCAGAUAUUGCUGGCAAGGACAUUUAUGAGAUGGAGGAGAAAUUUAUUUCAUGGAGUAAUGUCAGCAAUGCCAUGAAGAACGUCCGUUCUCGGCAGCAAUGCGCCGAUAAAUGGCGCAAGACUCGACAGAACGUCCUGACUAUACGUGCCACCACGGAUCCAGAUGCUGUAUUCGACCCUAAAGUCAUGACUGCCCCGUCUAGUAGGUGGGGAGCAUCGAUGAAUGUGAAGAGCAGCCAAUAUGUUGCAGAUGCUGAAGAUAGUGAGAAUGAGGGCCCUAGCAUUCCGGUGACCACACCGAGACCUGAAUCGACAAACAAGAAGCAACAAUUAGAUCUUGCGAAUGUUGCGGAAGAGGGCUCUAUCGAAGAUUCGUCUGCCGAAUCUGGUGACGAGGAAGAACCCCGUGUCAUAUCGUCAGGAAGGGAUAAUACAAAGAAACAGCAAUUUCAGAGGGCCUACAAGAAGGAAGCGAUUUCCGACGAAGACUCGGACAGCGACGACAGCACAGUUUCUUCGACCGACUCCGACUCCGACUCCGACUCCGACUCCGAUAAUGAUAGUAAUAGUGAAGCGCCAAAUAUUAAGCUGGAAAGUGUCAUAGAUUCGGACUAA